AUGGAUGCGAAGGAUAAUCGUAAAACGAUUAUAUCAAAAAACAGUGAAGUUUCUACUGCUGCCAGUACUUCUGCUGUUUCUACUGCUGCUAGUACUUUUGCUAUUUCUACUGCUGCUAGUACUUCUGCUAUUGAGGAGCUCAAUAGUUAUACUUUUGGAUAUAACGAUUUUAGCUAUUGUGAUGAUCCUAAAGGUGCUACCAUCGAUGAAAGUUCUAUGCCAAUUGAAUUACGAGGGAAAAAGUGGAAAACUGACAGAGCACUUGGCGAAGGUGGUAAUUUUAAAGUAUAUCUUGUAACAAAUGGUGAUGGAAUAAAAUAUGCAAUGCGAUGGCAUCGUAAACAGGAUCGUAGUACGAAAUGCUAUGAAAAAGAUGAAGAACAUCAGACUGAAAUUAUUUUAUUUCUGGAGAUGCAUCUCAAAAGUACUUUACAAAUGAAUGAACUGAUUGGCCAUCAUCCUAAUAUUGUAAAGCUAAUUGGUUUCCGUAAAGUUAAUUUAUUCACGCAACAAAUUAUGGAGUAUAUCGGUGGCGGCGAUCUUCAUGACUUCAUAGAAGCGAAUUAUAAUCGAAGAAACCGACAAAUGAGGAUAAAGAAAGUGCGAACACUUUUCAGGGAUCUGUUAAAGGCAGUGAAACAUAUUCAUAAUUUAUGUAUAGCUCAUAUGGAUAUAAAGCCUGAGAAUUGUCUCGUAACCCUAAAUGGAAAUCUUAAACUGACUGACUUUGAUGAAGCGAUUUACUUCGAACCCGGAAAAAAAAUUCGUGGUCCGGUUUAUGCAACCGAAGCAUACGCUGCGCCAGAAACGUUUGAUAAGGAGUACAAACCGGAUUGUGCAGAUAUUUGGGCAUGCGGUAUCGUAUUGUUCUUUAUGAUGAAGCAUAAUUUACCAUGGGAAGUAGCAAAGUGA